CUGCGUGCUACAUGGAGCUCUACAGUCAAUAUCCGCAGCUCGGUGCUGAAGUACAACAUUUCAGUAGGAGCUCUGCAGAGAGAACACCUGUUUCAAUAUAGCCAAGGAAGCCUAACCACUUAUAGUUUUUUUUUUCAUUGCCGGUGAUGCAACUGACCUCUAACCCGUGGACACUUGUGCAUUGCUGUUUAGCAUUCUGGAUAAUAAAUCAAGACAUCAAAGUUUUAUCUUUUCUUUUUUUUAUCCCGGAUUUACCUCAGCUUCUAAUGUGAGACCUCUUUCCAUCAAGGAUUCAUGCUGAUGUAUGCAGUCUGUUGUAGGGUAAAAACAGCGCAUGCCUUUGAGUGGAGUCAGAAUCCAUAAAUUCUGACGUAGUCCGCGCAUCUUAAACCCCCCUAUUACCGUCUGGGUUUUUAAGUUGCCAUGGUCAUUCUUAUCUUAACCCACAUGGAGACACUACGGAUUUUAAUUCUUUUUGCUUCUGGAGAGGCUUAUAAACGCACUGUGUAAGAAGAGCUGGGGAACAUGCUUUAUAAAUAUGCCAAUGUGUGAGCAUAAAGUGUUUUUUUAGACUAACAGUGGUUUGACCUUGAACCUGUGCAAUUCAUACCAGAAUUUGAAUAUUUAAUGGAUUGAAGAGCAAACAGUUCAUCUGUAACUGCAGUGCGAAGGCAGCAGAUACCCAAGAUAAAAAUCUCUUGGGUCGACACCAUUAUUAAUUGUUUAUUCCUGGUUUGUAAAACCACACGCUGAUGGCUCCCUUAGGUGAAGUUGGGAACUAUUUCGGUGUACACCAGGAUGCAGUACCCUUUGGGAAUGUGCCCAUUUUGCCUGCAGAUAACCCCGUUUUGCUGAGUGAUCACCUGGGCCACUCUGAUGCUGGGGGGUUGCCCAGGGGAGCUGCAGUCACGGACUUGAACCAUUUAAAGGGGAUCCUCAGGCGGAGGCAGCUCUACUGCAGGACUGGAUAUCAUUUAGAGAUCUUUCCUAAUGGCACUAUCCAGGGCACCAGACAAGACCACAGCCGUUUUGGUAUAUUGGAGUUUAUUAGUAUAGCAGUUGGCCUGGUCAGCAUUCGAGGCGUCGAUAGUGGACUUUACCUUGGAAUGAAUGAGAAAGGGGAACUGUAUGGGUCGGACAAGCUUUCUGAAGAGUGUGUUUUCAGAGAACAGUUUGAAGAAAACUGGUAUAAUACUUAUUCAUCAAAUCUGUAUAAACAUUUUGAUACAGGGAGACGAUACUAUGUAGCAUUAAAUAAGGAUGGGACACCAAGAGAAGGGAGUCGGACUAAACGGCACCAGAAGUUUACACAUUUUUUACCACGCCCAGUGGACCCAGACAAAGUACCUGAACUAUACAAGGAUAUUUUAAGCCAAAGUUGACAAAGAUAGUACUCGUGUCUGAGCCCUUAAAACAUAACCACUAUAAUGGUUUCAUGCAGUGGGUUCCUAUUGAUUAGCUGUACCAUCACAUCAGCUCCACUGUUGCCAAACUUUCUCGCAUGCAUAAUGUCUGAUGGAAGCCUGGAUGGGAAAUGCUGAUUUUUCUUCUGCACUUGUGGUGUGUCCUCUUGGAGAAAAGCUUCUGACAGCACCCACUUGCUUGAUUUUGUUAAAAAGAAUGGAGAGAAAGAGAGGGAAAAAGAGAGAGGGAGAGAGAGAAAGAGGGGAAGAGAUAGAGAGAGAGGAAGUAGAAGCAAACGCUAAGAGAAUAAAGCCUGAUGCAUGCUGGGAGAUGGACAUGCUUUCAGUUUUUGAUCAGUUCUACUUCAUCAUGUAUCAGCAUUGCUGCCAUAUUUUGAUUCAUCUGGAUUUUUGGCUGGUGGCCUGCUCAAGCCUACAGUGUAUAACAAAGGCAUGGAAGAUGCAGUCUUAUAUAAAAAGCGAACAUUUGAGUUACUUGCUCUGUGGGUACUGUCCAUGGAAUUAUAAGCAAAGAACUUAGUAAAAGAUGUUAAAUUAAUUUAUAGAAAUUCCAAAGGCAACAUUAUAUUUAUUUUAUAUAUUUAUUUAUUAUAUAGAGUUUAUUUUUAAUGAAAUAUGUACAGGCCAGAUAGGCACUUUGGAAAGCUUUAGGCUCUGCAAGCAUUACAUGGCUAAGGCCGCUAUGAACCUGUGGUAAAUUGAUGCAAUUAAAUAUAAAGGUCCUUGGAUACAAAAAGUUCUAGUGACCCUAAUGUAUCAAAGGUGACAAUCUAUUCUGUGCCCAUAUUACUGUAAAAGUGUAUACACCCCUCAUGACUCUUGAGUAUUCACUUUUCAGACUGCUUGUUUCAUAGCUUCCCCCUGAGGAUUAAAGAUAAAGCUGGGUCUUCAACUUUUA